AUGAGCCUCUUAAACAAGCCCAAAAGUGAGAUGAUCCCCGAAGAACUGCUAAAACAGGUGGAGGAGGAAUUCAACACAGGGCCUCUGUCAGUGCUCACACAAUCCAUUAAAAAUAACACCCAGGUACUCAUCAAUUGUCACAAUAACAAGAAGCUUCUGGAACAUGUCAAGGCCUUUGAUAGGCACUGCAACAUGGUGUUAGAGAACAUCAAGGAGAUGUCGACUGAGGUGUCCAAAGGCAAGAAGUCUAAGCUGGUCAACAAAGACCGUUACAUCUCGAACAUGUUCCUGCGGGGAGAUUUGGUCAUCAUAGUGCUGAGGAAUCCCCUGAUUGCUGGCAAGUAA